CAAAAAAACCCAAUCCACAGACACCUUCACCUUAUUCGUUCAUUCAUUCUAUAAAAAAUCACCCCUUGUGUAUUUCUCCUCUGAUUCUCUUCAAACACACAUUGCCUUAACAUUUUCACCACCAACUUCAGACAUGGCCACCGUCACUUCCACCGCCGUUGCUAUUCCAUCAUUCACCGGCCUUAAGUCAGCCGGAAGCAAAGUCAGUGCCAGUGCUAAGGUGUCAUCAUCACCUUCCCAAAUGCCAAGGCUCAGCGUCAAGGCUUCACUCAAGGACUUUGGAGUUGCUGUUGUUGCCACUGCUGCAUCCGCAGUGCUAGCUAGCAACGCCAUGGCCAUUGAAAUCUUGCUCGGUAGUGAUGAUGGUGGUCUGGCUUUUGUUCCCAACUCUUUCUCAGUGGCUCCUGGGGAGAAGAUCACGUUCAAGAACAAUGCUGGUUUCCCUCACAACGUUGUCUUCGACGAGGAUGAGGUUCCUGGCGGUGUUGAUGCUUCCAAGAUCUCCAUGUCUGAUGAAGAUCUUCUCAACGCGCCUGGUGAGACUUACAGUGUUACCCUGGAUGCUAAGGGUACUUACAAGUUCUACUGUUCCCCUCACCAAGGUGCUGGUAUGGUUGGAAGCGUCACUGUUAAUUAAAUUCUUCCAGUUAUGGUCUUUCUCAUAAUGGUUCAAGUUAAUUUUGCUUAUGAUGUAGAAGAGCUUAAUUAAUCGUUGUUGUUGCCUGUAAUGGGAUAUCAAUUGUAUGAGGUGAACCGAUAUAAUGCCUUGAUUACUGUUGUAAUUCAUUUA